AUGCACAUGGAAAGAAAUUACACUGAAGAUGAUUCCUUCGGGAGAUUUAUUCAUGAAGAUAUCUAUCCUGAACCAGAUGAUUGCCCAAGAUUCCAACAAACUUCACCUCCUCGUACUGAAUCUUCAAGGACUUAUGCCGCAAUAAACAGGAUGGAUUCUCUUAACCCCCCAAUUUCUAACCAAGUGUAUUUGCACUCCUCCAGCUGGAAUUAUAUCUCCGAACACUCUGCCCCCAUUAAUACAGCAUCUCAACAUAAUUACUCUCUUUCACAAAGUCACAGUGGAAUUGAUAAGUGGGAUACAAUAUCAUAUGAGAGAAUGGACUCACAAAAUCCACUUGCUCAUAGGGUUGAAACAGAAGGCUCUGGUUCAUCACAGAAAAUAAAUGCAAGAUGUGCACUUACUUCAAGCCUGCCUUCUCAAGAGUUGCCAUCCCUUCAGACGUCACAUUUCAUCUCGGAUCCACCUGUAAAUCAAACCAUUUCCUCGCUGGAGGUAACUAAAACUAGUUGCUAUAGAACACAACCUUCAAAUUUUAUAAGUGGAACUACGGUGCAAAGUUCAAUAGCUUACUACCCAGAACCUUUUGAUCCACCUGUACUUCACCAAGAGCAAUCAUACACUGCCCCAACACCACAGUUACCUAGAUAUUCAACGACUUUCAAUCAAACUCCUCAAACAAAUUGGUUUCCCUCACAAAGUCGCCCUGAAUUCGGGGCAUUUUCGACUUCUUCGAACGAAGAGUUGGAUUGCCAAGUCGCACCAGCUUCAGUAAUUGAACCAGAAAUCCACAAUUCUAUUAUUUUGUCACCGCCAACUCUUUGUCAAUCGAUGUUACAUGGUUCCGUAACGUAUGGACGGGAUUUUUUUAAUCCACCAAUGCCUAAACAGGAGUUUUCAGUCCACGCACUACAGGGGAGCAUGCAUGACCACUAUUUCGGCAUUACUCCGAUGCCCCAAUAUCUCCCGCAAGGUUGCAGUGACGCUGAUGGAAUCCAAGCUGGAAAUCGCAAAGAGGUAAGAAAACUAUUGAGGGCUUGGUGCGAUGAGCAUGCAGACAAUCCCCAUCCAACGUACGCCCAAAAGAUACAUCUAGCAAAGUUGACCGGUUUAAGCAAAGUGCAGAUUGAGAAUACGAUGGUGUACUUGCGCAGAAAAAUAAAAUUAGAAGCCAAGAGAAAACAGAUGAUUUCAGAAUUCACUGCCCAAUCCCAUAUUUUGGGCAACAAGGCCGAGAAGGAGGACCUCGGAGAACCACUUUUUCCUCCAAUAACCCACGAGGAGGAGAGAAUGAAAUGA